GAUUUGGUUUCUGUGGUUGAUUUGGCUAUAUGGGUCGAGAAUUGGUAUAUCGUGGCUAUGAUGAUUUUGUUCUGAGCCAAGAUCGUUCCUGCUCUGAGGCCAUGUUAAGAGGAUCGGAACCAAUAUUGGGAAGGAAAGAUGAUAAUAAGAGAAAAGUUAUGAUCUUCAUUGCUGUUCCAGUUGGGGCAACUCUUAUAUUUGCUGCUUGUGCUAUCAUUAUCUUCAUUAGAAGAAGAAUGAAGCGGCGUACUGCAUAUGAAAUAGCGAACACUGCUGGUGACAUUAGUAAUGUUGAUUCCCUGCAUUAUGAUUUUAGCAGCAUCAGAGCUGCAACUAUUGAUUUUACGGAUGCUAACAAGCUGGGGCAAGGUGGAUUCGGGGCUGUUUAUAUAAGAACCCAGGGGAAACUUCAAACUGGUGAAGAAAUAGCAGUGAAAAGGUUGUCCAAAGAUUCAGGGCAAGGCAAUCUGGAAUUCAAGAAUGAGGUUUUGUUAGUUGCCAAACUUCAACAUAGGAAUCUGGUGAAGCUCUUAGGUUUUUCUAUGGAAGGAACUGAGAGGGUACUAAUAUAUGAGUUCGUUGAGAAUGCAAGCCUUGACCAGUUCAUAUUUGAUCCAGUCAAACGUUCACAGUUGGACUGGGAUAAACGCUACAAGAUCAUAAGGGGUAUCGCGAAGGGGCUUCUGUACUUGCACGAAGACUCUCGACUCAAGAUCAUUCAUCGUGAUUUAAAAGCUAGUAACAUACUGCUGGAUGUAGAUAUGAAUCCCAAGAUUGCAGAUUUUGGCAUGGCAAGAUUAUUUAAACAAGAUGAAACUCAAGGAAAUACAAGAAAAAUUGUUGGAACUUAUGGAUAUAUGUCACCUGAAUAUGCAAUGCAUGGUAAGUAUUCGGACAAGUCAGACGUGUUCAGUUUUGGAGUGCUUGUUCUGGAAAUCUUGAGUGGACAGAGAAAUGUCUGUAUCCAAAAGGAGGAGAAUGGAGAGAGCCUCUUGACUCUUGCAUGGAAGAAGUGGAGAGAAGGGACAUCUUCAAAUGUGAUAGAUCCGGUGCUGAGGAAUGGCACGGGUUCUGAACGUGAUAUGGUGAGAUGUAUUCACAUCGGAUUGUUGUGUGUUCAAGAAAAUGCUGCAAAGAGGCCAACAAUGGCUUCGGUUGCUGUAAUGCUCAGUAGUUCGACAAUGAGUCUGACAGUGCCUUCUCAGCCCGCAUUUUAUUUGAGUCGUCGCUAUGGCCCCCUAGACUCCAAAGAUUCAUACUCCAGCGAAGUUAGAACAGGUGGAUCUCAAGGCUCGUCGUCUGUAAACGAUGUUUCAGUGACCAAGAUAUGUCCUCGUUGAUUUUGCCAUCCUGCCAAGGUUUGAGCUUUGCUCAACACAAAAAUGAUGCAUGUAAUUUUGUUCUGUUUUUCUCAUGUAUCUGUGUAUAUGAGUUUGAACUAUUGAAAUAAUAAAGCUGUGUAGAUAAAGUCAUAAAGAAUUAAUGAGGAAAGGGACUAUCGUUUCCAAUUCA